CAUCUCAGCUUUGUUGGAGGAAGAUACAGAUGAAUAUGGCUGAUAACAACAGUGAGAGAAGAUCAGAAGAUAUACUUAAUAAGGCAGAGGAAAAGAAAGAGACAAGCAUUAACACCAUUGCUUUCUACAAACUCUUCUCAUUUGCUGAUACUAGUGAUAAAAUAUUGAUGUUCUUUGGCACAACAGGUGCUACAGGGAAUGGACUUUGUCAGGUUCUUGUGGUUGUACUGUUUGGAGAUUUGAUUGACUCCUUUGGAUUAAACAAAACUUCAGACGUGCUUCAACCAGUUUCCAAGGUGUCAUUAAAACUUGUAUACGUGGCAAUCGCUUCAGGUGUAGCAGCAUUUUUUCAGGUGGCUUGUUGGACGGUGACUGCGGAGAGACAAGCUGCCAGACUAAGGGUGUUGUACUUAAAAAGUAUUCUACGACAAGAUGUUGCUUUUUUCGAUAAGGAAGUAAAUACAGGGGAAGUUAUGGGGAAAAUGUCCGGUGACAUUUUUACCAUACAAGAUGCUAUGGGGGAGAAGGUGGGGAGGUUCAUAAGGUGUGUGGCAAUGUUUAUAGGAGGAUUUGUUAUUGCCUUCAUCAAGGGGUGGCUUCUAGCACUUGUUAUGGUUUCACCCAUUAUUCCACUGGCAAUAGUUGUUGGUGUCAUGUUCCUGUUCAUGUCUAGAAAGGCUUCUCAUUCACAAAAAGCUUAUUCUAAAGCAGCUAAUGUAGUUGAGCAAACAAUUGGUUCCAUCAGAACAGUUGCAUCAUUCACAGGGGAAAAGCUGGCUCUCGAGGAGUACAAUAAGUCCUUACAGAAGGCAUACAGAUCUGGUGUACAUGAAGGACUUGCAAGUGGCUUAGGCGUGGGAUCAGCCAAUUUUAUUCUUUUCUGCAAUUAUGCUUUGGCUUUCUGGUAUGGUGGAAAGAUGAUCUUGGAGAAAGGUUAUACAGGAGGUUCGGUGUUGAGUGUAACUCUAGCUGUAUUAUCUGCUUCAACUUCAAUAGGUGAGAUAUCUCCUUGCUUAGCUGCAUUUACAGCAGGGCAAGCUGCUGCUUUCAAGAUGUUUGAGACUAUAAACAGAAAUCCAGAGAUUGAUGCGUACAACAAUAAUGGGAUUAUUUUGGAUGACAUCCGUGGAGAUAUAGCGAUGAAAGAUGUUUGUUUUAGCUAUCCAAGUAGACCAACAGAAAGAGUACUCAACGGGUUUUCAUUAUUAAUCCCUAGUGGAAAAUCUGCUGCUUUGGUUGGUGAAAGCGGAAGCGGGAAGUCCACAGUUAUUAGUUUAAUUGAGAGAUUCUAUGAUCCACAAUCAGGUGAAAUUUUUAUAGAUGGACUUAAUCUCAAAGAGUUCCAAAUUAAGUGGAUUAGACAGAAAAUUGCUCUAGUAAGUCAAGAACCUACUUUGUUCUCAACUAGCAUCAAGGAAAAUGUUGCAUAUGGGAAAGAUGGAGCUACCAAAGAAGAAAUUGAAGCAGCAAUUGAGAUAGCAAACGCAACCAAAUUUAUUAACAGCCUACCCCAGGGAAUAGAGACAAAGGUUGGUGAACGUGGAACUCAACUCUCUGGUGGACAAAAGCAAAGAAUUGCUAUAGCUAGGGCAAUUCUGAAAGACCCUCGCAUUUUACUUCUAGACGAGGCAACAAGUGCUCUAGAUGCUGAGUCAGAGAGAGCUGUACAAGAAGCACUUGACAAAAUUAUGGUUGAUAGAACAACCAUAAUAGUUGCACAUCGCCUCAGUACAGUGAGGAAUGCUGAUAAUAUUGCUGUCAUUCAUCAAGGCAUAAUUGUUGAGGAAGGCAAACACUUUGAGCUACUGAAAGAUCCUGAGGGAACAUACUCGCGACUUAUUCACUUCCAAGAAGUAAAUCAAGCAAAAGAGCAAAUAUGCCUCGAUGAUCCACAACAUCUUUCUACUGUGUCAGGACCAGAAUCCAUAAAUAAUUAUGAUACUACAGCUACUGAAGAAAUUCCUGAGACUAGAUUGCUAAGAAAUUCAGAUACUAAUCUAAAAGUAUCUAAAAAGCUCGAUAAAGCUCCUGUUACUCGUCUUGCGUAUCUGAAUAAGCCCGAGGUUCCUAUUCUUCUUGUGGGAGCAGUAGUUGCCACUAUCUCCGGUUCCGCUUUCCCCGUUUUUGGGUUAGUAUUAUCCAACAUACUUAAAUCAUUUUAUGAGCCACCAAAUGAACUAAAGAAAGAUUCACAAUUUUGGGCACUCAUGAUUGUGGUUAUUGCAACAAUAUUACUGAUUUCAUCUCCAUUAGAGACACUAUUUUUUACCGUGGCUGGUUGUAAGUUGAUCCAACGAAUUAGAUCGAUGUGCUUUCAAAAGGUUGUCCACAUGGAAAUUGGUUGGUUCGAUGAGCCAGAGAACUCAAUUGGAGGGAUAGCCACAAAGCUCUCUGCUGAUGCAGCUCUUGUUCGAGUUCUAGUGGGGGACAUAUUGGCGAAAAUAACUAAAGAUCUUGCAGCUGCAAUUGUAGGGAUAGUGAUUGCUUUUCGAGCAAGUUGGUUAUUGUCUCUUAUUAUCUUAGCCAUGCUACCGUUCAUGAUGGCCAAUAUUUAUGUUCAGAGAAAGUUCGCCAAAGGAUUUAGUACUGACGCAAAGAAGUUGUAUGAACAAGCAAGUCAAGUAGCCAACGACGCAGUUGGUAAUAUAAGAACAGUUGCUUCUUUUUGUGUAGAAGAGAAGGUGGUGGAGCUAUAUAAGAAGGAAAGUGAAAGCCCAAUAAUGACCGGGACUGGAAAAGGGCUGAUUAGUGGGAUUAGUUAUGCUAUUACAUCUUCAUUGCUUUUCUUUGUAUAUGCUGCAAGUGGUUAUGCUGGAGCUCGACUUGUACAGGAUGGGAAAAUUGCAACUUCUGAUACUUUCCGCGUUUUCCUUGCUGUGUAUUUGACAGCUAUGGUUAUUUCUCAGUCAAGCUUCUUUUUUAAUGAUCUAAAAAAAGCUAAGGGUGCUGCCGCCUCAAUAAUUGCUAUAUUAGACAGAAAGUCGAAGAUAGACUCAAGUAACGAGGAUGGUUUCACUUUAGAACAAAGCAAAGGAGUAAUAGAGUUUAAAGAAGUAUGCUUUGCAUAUCCAACAAGGCCAAAUAUAAAAGUUCUUCAUGGCUUCAACUUGACAAUUUUAAGUGGGCAGACAAUUGCUUUAGUCGGAGAAAGUGGCUGCGGGAAGUCUUCAGUGAUGUCACUCUUACAACGAUAUUAUGAUUUUAAUUCGGGUCGAAUUAUGCUAGAUGGAAUAGACAUUAAACAUUGCAACUUGAAAUGGCUGAGGCAUCAAAUGGGGCUUGUGAGCCAAGAACCAGUUCUGUUCAAUGACACAAUCCGAGCCAACAUCAUGUACGGGAAGGACGGAGAUGCGACUGAAGGAGAACUAGUAGCUGCAGCAAAAUUGGCAAAUGCCCACAAGUUCAUUUGUGGCUUACAACAGGGGUACGAUACCAUAGUUGGGGAGCGAGGUGUUCAGCUUUCAGGUGGUCAGAAACAAAGAGUUGCCAUUGCACGAGCUAUUGUGAAAAAUCCCAAAAUAUUGUUACUGGAUGAAGCUACUAGUGCGCUUGAUGCAGAAUCUGAAAGGAUUGUCCAAAUGGCAUUAGACCAAAUCAUGGUAAAUCAAACUACGAUUAUAGUAGCGCACAGAUUAUCAACAAUCAAGGGAGCAGACUUAGUUUGUGUCAUGGAAAAUGGAACCAUCAUAGAAGAAGGAAACCAUGAAACUCUUAUCUGUAACGAAGAUGGCCACUACGCCUCCCUCUUCAAACUUAAUGUGGGAUCUCUCUCAUAAUCUCUUAUUUUGGCUAUAUACAUACCUCAUGCUUUUUAUAAACCUGACGCUAGGAUACUAUCAAAAGUUGUAUAUUACUGGCAUUUGCAUAGUAAACUGUACGUACUCACAUUAUGUUCAUUGUUAAUAUGUACUAUUAAUCUAUGUUUAGAUGUUCUUGCAAGGAUAUACAUGUUAAGUGGUCAAAAUAUGACUUCCAUCCA